GCGAGAACACGCAUGCGCAGGGUGUCUCCUAGCACCGAGGCGUCGUGUCUGUUGCCCGGUCAGAGCCGUUGGCUGUUUCCCGCCCGGGCGGGGAUGCGCUGCCCGCGGUCGUGGGGCAGGGGCUGGCCGGGCCCCCGGUGCUACUCCUGGGCGUGCGCGGGCCCGGCCCGGCAUGGAGGUGGAGGAGGCCUUCGCGCUGGUGGGGCAGAUGGGGCCCUACCAGGUGUAUCUGUGCGCGCUGCUGGCCGUGCUGCUGCAGCUCUAUGUAGCCACUGAAGCAAUCCUCAUUGCGCUAGUAGGGGCGACACCUCCCUACCACUGGGACCUCGAAGAGCUCUCAGCUAAUCAAAGCCAUAGCAACCAGUCAACUAAUGAAGAGAGAGCCUUUGGGGAAUGGCUUCUGACAGCCAAUGGGAGUGAAGUUCAUAAGCACGUGCACUUCAGCAGCAGCUUCACAUCAAUAGCUUCCGAGUGGUUUUUAAUUGGGAACACAUCAUACAAAGUCAGUGUUGCCAGUUCGUUUUUCUUCAGUGGUGUCUUUGUUGGAGUGAUCUCUUUUGGCCAGCUCUCAGAUCGCUUUGGGAGGAAAAAAGUCUAUCUCACAGGUUUUGCCCUUGACAUCCUGUUUGCCAUUGCAAAUGGAUUCUCCCCCUCAUACGAGUUCUUUGCAGUCUCUCGCUUCUUGGUGGGGGUGAUGAAUGGAGGGAUGUCUCUGGUGGCCUUUGUUCUACUGAAUGAAUGUGUGGGCACUGCCUAUUGGGCAUUAGCAGGAUCGAUUGGUGGCCUGUUCUUUGCAGUGGGAAUUGCCCAGUAUGCUAUGUUAGGGUACUUCAUUCGCUCCUGGAGGACUCUGGCAGUUGUGGUUAACCUGGAGGGAACAGUAGUCUUUCUCCUCUCUCUAUUCAUUCCUGAAUCCCCCCGCUGGUUAUACUCACAAGGUCGGCUGAGAGAAGCAGAAAAUGCCCUCUAUCUCAUUGCAAAGAGGAACUGCAAGCAGAAAUGUACUUUUUCACUAAAGCUCCCAGCUGACAGGAGUCACAGAGAGACCGGCAGUUUCUUGGACCUGUUCCGAUACAAGAUCCUUUUGGGGCGCACUUUGAUCAUGAUGUUCAUCUGGUUUGUGUGCAGCUUGGUAUAUUAUGGUCUGACUCUCAAUGCAGGUGACUUAGGUGGAAGUAUUUAUGCCAAUUUGGCUCUCUCUGGGCUGAUAGAGAUACCUGCCUACCCAAUCUGUAUCUACUUGAUUAACCAAAAAUGGUUUGGCCGAAAACGGACACUGGCAGCAUUCCUGUUCUUGGGAGGUCUGGCCUGUCUUAUUGUCAUGUUUCUUCCGGAAAAGAAAGCCACAGGAGUGUUUGCAGUUGUGAACAGCCGUUCUUUGUCUUUACUGGGGAAACUGACAAUCAGUGCAGCAUUUAACAUUGUUUAUAUCUACACGUCAGAGCUUUAUCCUACAGUGAUCAGGAAUGUUGGAAUGGGUUCCUGCUCCAUGUUUUCCCGGGUUGGUGGGAUUAUUGCUCCCUUCAUUCCUUCACUGAAAUCUGUGCAGUGGUCUCUUCCAUACAUCGUGUUUGGAGUGACUGGCCUGUUGUCGGGGUUCCUGAGUUUGUUAUUGCCAGAAACACUAAACUGCCCUUUGCUAGAGACGAUAUCGGACUUGCAGGUGUGCUCAUACUGGAGACUGGGGGAUGAAGCUAUGUCAUUGCAAGCACUAGGUGGCUCCCGGUCUGCAGACAAAGAUAGCUCUGCAGGGAGUGAAAGUGAAGAUGAAGAAUUUUAUGAUGCUGAUGAAGAGACCCAAAUGAUCAAGUAACAAGAGGAAGCUUUCCUUUUUAUGCCUUUUUUUAACUUGUCCAGCCAGAUCCACCUGUAAGAAUAAAACUGGAACCGUCUGUGGGUGAAUUAUAACAGGGCAAGUGCCUCUGCCUUUCCAGCGUUGGGAGAUGAAUUCGAGUACUGUUCAGAUGCAUUACAGUGGUUUUACUGGUGACCACUGCUGAUUUUUUUUUUUUUUUUCUUUCUCAUGAGAACCAUUCAAAUGUUUGUGGCUCAAAAUUAUGAUUGCAGGCUAGGUUUGAGGCCAAAGAUGCUGGGGAGGUAUUUGACGUAUUUCUGAAACUUGAAUUGAGAAUUGAUCCAACUUGCAGACAGACUACCGCUGCAUGUGUUCACAUUUUUCCUUCAAGGUAGGCUCAUGUUGAUUUUGAAGCAGCUGAAAUCCAUAAACUUGAAAGGUUUCAACUAGGUUUCUUCAGAUGGAUGAAAUCUAAAGAGUUAAACUGGACACAGAAGGUACUACAGGCCAGUAUGAUGGGAACAAAUUCCUGAAAUCCUCUCUUAAGUUACCUACAGCACACUGGAAAGAAUGAAUUAUGGAUUCUCUACCAGUUCUGCAUCCGCUCACUGGAAUGGAAUUUCAUACCUCAAGUGGUUAAGGAACACCAACAAAAGAUAGCUGUACUCAGUGUUGUUCUAGGGUGGAUGGCUAGAGGAACCAUCAGAAGUUGGAGGGACCAACUAAUAGGAAAGGGCAGAUGGACUUAAAUAAAACAGAAAUCCCCAUUAUUGCUGAUCUCUUCUCCCCCAUCUGUCUCCUCUGCCUCGCCCCUCUCAAAACUUCCUUUUUUCCUUUUAUUUUGGUUCUUUCUCUCACAGGUUUGUCAUGACAGUCUGUAAAUCUCAGGACAGCUCUGAAUUUCUGUUGCGUAUUCUGUUUGAUUUUGUUCCUCUCAUCUUUUCUCACUUUGCCAUGUAAACUGAAGGACUUGUUUUUCCAUGGUAUAUAGUGAAUGUCUUAUGGGAGGUAAUUUUACUUAGCUAGGUUUUGCAUUAUUGUGGCUAUCCAUGAUGGUGGCUAUGGAGAAAAAUGAGAUCUGCAGUGGUACAGAGUACUGAAAUUGCCUGUCCAGGCUGCUGCUAGUGUCUUGGGGAUCAUUGCAAGAGGAUUUGAGUAUUUAUUUAAAUUUAUAUAUAUAUAUAGAUAAAGUUCUUUGGAAGUUUCCCUUCACCUUGCUGAGGGAGAACUGUAUUCUUUUGUUUACACUAAACUUUUUUUGAAGUAUACUGAAAUAGAAGGAUGUUGAGUGUUGAAGUUUUGCCAACUAAUAGAUGUGGCCUUUGGGUACGGAUUCAAUAUUCCUGGUUAGUAUUGACUUUAUACUCCUAGCUCUCUAUCCUCCUAGCUCUUCUAUAUCAUUUUUUGAAGUUUAUGGGAUCAUAUUUCAUAUUAAAAGUGUAAAGGUAGCUGGUUAUUCUAUUGGAAAAUAAUACAGGGAUCAGAUGAUUGGGGAGAAGGGUGUUUACUGAACAUAUUCCAGAGUCAGAGCAAAAAACUCAGUUAUUCCAGAAGGAAGCAGAAGAUCGGAUCUGAAACUUACAGCAGGCUAUCUAAACUUUGUCCAGUCAAGAGCUGCAUAGGCAACUUUCGAGGAGCCCAAGAGUUGUAGCUCUGUUACUUAGGUGGAAUGUCAUCAGGGCCGGCUCCAGGCACCAGCGAACGAAGCAGGUGCUUGGGGCGGCCAAUACAAAGGGGCGGCACCUCCAGGUCUUUGACGGGAAUUCAGCAGCAGAUCCCUCAGUCCCUCUCUUUCUCUUUGAGCUGCCACCGAAGAGGAAGAGAGGGAGUGAAGGGCCCGCCGUCGAAGAAUGAAGCGGCGCGAUUGAACUGCCGCCGAUCGGCUUUUUUUUUUUUUUUUGCCGCUUGGGGUGGCAGAAAAGCUGGAGCCGGCCUUGAAUGUCAUGCUGCCAUCCUCAUCUUCAGUGCAGAGAGGAAGCCCACAAAGACUACAUGUUCCAUAGCAUGCAGUUCUCCAUUUUGUUCUGAACAGAUUGAUACACUGGGCUAUGAGCACGAGGGCGAGCUAUAGUGGGGCUCAGUAGUCUCUGCAGGCAGCACUUCAGGCUGGAAGAUGAAGAGGACUGCUGACUGCAUUGUAGACAUCAGUGGGACGUAUUUGACCAGCAGCCCACACUUUGGUCUCUCUUGACUCUUGCACAGCUCUUGUGGAUGUGAUAGCAAAAUUAAUAGAACUUUUUAAAACGAAUCUGGAUGUUUUCAGCCUUAUUUAUACAUAGGGAAAUGACUGAGUGGAGUUCUUGGAGUUACAAUUAGGUUUGUGUUUUGUGCUUUUUUUUCCUAGUUUGACAUUUGACACUUUAAAAUAUGGGGAUUAUAAGGAACAUGGGAGGAAGGUUUUUUUCUUUUCAUUAGGCUCUUGAUUUUUUUCCUCAAAGGUUCUAAAUGUGCAAUAGCUCUUACUGAAGUUAAUGCUACAGUACCUAGGAACUAUAUUGAUGCUGUCACAAACCCUAUAUUUCUUAGGGGAUCAAUCUCCAGAGUGGAAUUACUGCCUCUUUCUGACUUUGAGCAGUGGAAAUAGGGACUCCCUUGUGAGACUGACUAGUGCUCUUGGCCUUGUUGGGUAUUUGGUUUUAUCUACAUUAUGGAUUUCUAGAAGUCCCAAACCUGAAAAGGGAUCCAUCCACGAAACUUUCCAUUGUUACUCCAUGUGGUUGCAGUGGUUCAGGUGGGUGGAUUUCUUUGUAGGAUCAUGGUCAAAAUUUGUGACGGUCCCUAAUUUACGAUCAAAUUUACCUCCAUUUCGUACAAGCGUUCUUAUACAUAUAAUUGCAAAACCAAGGAUGAAGAAAUUUUUAUGUGAAAUAAAUUAAUUGCACUUUUUUUGGAGACCCUUAUACCCACAGAGGCUGCAUUCCAUGGCAAGUAUGGGCAGCAUACACUGUAUCUAGGCAGACCAAUAUUGCUAAGCAGAACUCUUCAGAUUGACAUGUCAUGCAUGCUAGUGCCUGUUUUAAUUAGAGGCCCAAGUCACAAAAUUUGUAUGGCUGUCCUACCUCCAAGUAUAGUCUAAUGGUUCAAUGCUGGCCUGAUUCUAAUUCUUCCCAUGUAUGGGCAGCACAUAUUGGAAAUCUGCCCAGGGAAACUGAGUAUACACCAGUUCAAAAAGGAAAGUAUCACUGUUAGUGACAGUAAAAUAGCACUGAUGAUCUGACAGAUUUAAUCCUUAUAAUUCUUGAUUGAAGUUUGACAAAAUAAGCAUGGGGAGAGCGUUUAUUCCAUUGUUGCUAAGUUAACUUUACAUAAAUUAUCUGCACUAUUCAGGGUUCUUGGUCCUGUGUAGACAUAAGACUAAAUCCAAGUUGGUAGCUGUCAGUCUCUUACCUAUAUUUCCUUGUUUUGUAGAAGUUGUUUUUCAGCCGUGACACUCUAUAUGGGGCUCUACUGGAGAGAAUUGAGACUUUCCCCCAGCAGAGUUCAGGCCAGCACUGCUUCCAGCCAGACCCAUCUUCUUACCAUUUCCCAACUCUGUUGUCAGGGUGUGGCAGGAGAUGUGUUCUAACUUCUAGACCAUGUUGACGUGGUCAACAUUUUUCUGUCUUGAAUUUGCUUAUGGAAGCUGUGGCAUUAGCUUCUCCAGUUUAUUUUAAAACUGUAAUAGAUUCAUGUCAGUAUUUCAGUAUUAAAUCUGUGGGCAACACCAGGAUUGUAUGGUGGAAGUUAGCAUGUACAUGCACACCUCCAGGUGGACCAGCUAAGUCUUUAUGCACAGUUCUUCUUACAUUAAUUAUUUCUAGUGCAGGACUAUGCAUGUAAAUGUUUUGAGUCUCAGUACCCUAUGAAUUCAUUGUAGGGUAUAAAGAGUAGAGGAAAGGUUUUUAGAUGGAAAAAUCUCUCUAAUUUAUAGAAAUCAUAUGGAAAGGGCUUAUUUGAUGAUGUAGCUCAUUCACCUCUAGCAUUCAGUGCAGCAUUCUUCAUGACCAGAUAGUUGCCAGUGCCUACUCCGAUCUGCUGUAACCCUCAAAUGACCCAUGUGAUAGGACUAUUCCAGUCUAAUAGAUGCAUUAAAAAGUUACCUUGAAAGUCAGCCUAAAUGUACUUAAUUUCAUCUCCUCUCUGCUACUGAUAGCUUCUUGAAUCAUCCUAAAAUAGCUUUGAUUGCAAACCUAGUGAAAAAUAUUAAGAAAAUAUAAAUAGGGAAUUGAUUUUUGUUUAACUUUGAUUCAUUUGAAGUGCCCUAGUGCUAGAGCUCUAAGUGUCCUCAAAUCAGUUUGGACCGGUGCUAUACAUUAGUUCUAUGGAAUUGGUCUAAGCAGUUGCCAGAUUUCUAAGCUGGAACGAAACAAUGUCUAAAACUAGUUCUGUGUGUUCAUUUGGCAUUCUUCCAUGUGACCGGAUAAAACUAGUAUUUACAAGCAUCUCUCCAUGGAUCUUUAGGACAGAAAAAGGGAGAACUACCUUUGUUUGUUCAUGCCUUAGUGCUCUUUGCACUUUAAUGACCAUUGUUUCUGAAACCCUUCUCGCUGCUUGCAGAGACGUAAGUAGCCAAAGAGAUUAAUAUUAAAAAACAAAGUAUAGAAUUUGCUUAAUUUGAAAGAGUUGCCUGUCUCGUAUAUCAUACACAAGUCUGCAGUGUCUUAUUUUAAUUGUAAAUAUCAAAGCUCACUCUUGAAGAUCAGGAUAAACAAGAUAAGACCACUUGCUAGAAUUUGUAAGUUCACUCAUCAGACUUUUAUGAAAUGAUAAUUGAAGGCCACAUGGUAUUUUUUAGAAUGAAGUAGAUGGUAGAACUGGUAUAUUUGAUUGAGGGCAGUGCUAAAUAUUAAAUGUCUAGAAGAGAGUUCAGUUUCCUUUUGGAACACAGUUUAAAAACAAACAAACUCGAAUUCUGGGUGGUAGCAUGUAUGCCAGCAAAAAUGCAGACAACUGAGGGAAUGCACAGCAGGAGUUGGCUGCUUCCUGUCUCCAAAAGAUUGUAAAGAGAUUCUGUACCUCCAGAAAUGAAAUGGGGCAAAGCCAUGAGGUAGCAUAAUUUACACCUUUUAUGUGGAUACAUAUAACAUGGCUGUCUGGUCCAAUCAUUGUUCCCUUUGUAUAUCUGCCCCUCAAUUACAAAUGGUGCUUGAGUCUCUAAAACAAAACAUUACUGCUUCAUAGCCAACUUUGUUACUGCUCGUAUUGUUCAUAGUCAAUCAGGAGCCAGAUAAAGUAUGACAAUAAUAGUAAUCCGUAAUUCUGAUUCUAAUUGGGAUGGAUUGUAUUUACAGAAAUACUAAACAGCUGUAUUUGAACAGUGCAGUAUCCAUGAAGCCUUCUAAAUUCAUGAAGUGUUGCUCAGAUUUUGGCCUUAAAUGGUUUUAAAUGAUCAAUAAAAGUUGAAAGGCUGCUAAGUAUUUAGGUGGGAAGAAGCCAACAUCUGUGUAUAAUCUGAAAAGAGCAGAACUUUAUGGAAACAUUUGAUAUUGUCAACACAGAUUAAAAAUACAAUUUACAGUAUACUGAAGAAUAGAAUACCUUAGGGAAAUGCUAAUAAUAACCUAUUUUCUUCACCUAGAAUUUCAGGUGAGUCUCUAAAUGGUCAGUCUUUAAUUCCAAGGAAAAGUGAAGUCAAAACCUUUUUUUCAUGUUAUUGCUGAAGAUUGAAUGAGAUGCAGUCAUUGUGCAGGUAUAUUUUUUGCUUUAUGAAGAAAAUUUUUAUUGCACUGCGUACUUAAUGGUAGCAGCUUUUCCUUCCUUGAGUUAGUAACAUUGGAUUUUUUUUAAGCUACCUCUUUCAAUUAAUCUUUAUUUGGUACUGAAUAUUACAUUAAAGAGAUUUUAGGAAAAUAUGGGAAAAAAUAUUUUCCAUUGUCUUGUUUGUAUGCUGCUGGUGAUCCACUGAUUAACUUGAAAGGGGGAAGGUCUUAUGGCUUUAAUGUUUUUUACAGUGAAUUUUGAAUGAACUCUGUUUUUUCAACAUCAUAUGACCAAGUUCAGUGCUGGUAUAACUCCCAUUGACUUUAGUGAAGUUGUACCUGCUUACACCAGGAUGGAAUUUGAUACUACAUUCAGAAGUGCUUGUCAGGCUGUGGGUUAAGCAAAAAGAUGUCUGGUGGUGAGGGGGGUGGGUUUUUGCUUGGGCCAUGUACCCAGGCAGAAAGUUUUAGAUGUUUGUUUUAUGCAGUGUGUGGGUAUAUAUAUUUUUAAUCCUUGAUUUGAACUUCUUGAGCACUGCAUAUAAAGGCCUUUCAGCAUAAAUACAUGGAUUUAUUGAAUUUUGAAGUUGUCCUUCUGUGAUCAUCCUCUGAGUGCCAUUUCUAGUUCACAGCUGUACGGUUAAAGCCUGGGGGUUGGUGGGUGUUUUUUAAGAACACCAAGAAGUCACCAUUUGUUCAAGCCUAAAAACAUUAGUUUCCCUGAUGUAUGUCUUUUGUAGUGGUAGCAUUCACUUAUACAGUGUGACUAAGUGCUGGGUCCGUCUCCUUUUAAGAUGUGUUUGCCACAGAUGACUAAACUGUUGUAACAAAUGUAAAAAUAUUCAGAACAACUAAGACUCUCCUCUUCUGUCUGGGUUGUUUCUGUAUUUAAUGCACAUUGUUUGAACUAUAGCUGCUAUAAUUCACUGGAGCUCUGCAAGGUAAAACCAGCAAGUUGGUUCAAGUUUGGAACCUUUUGCAAUGUGAGAUUUGUUUUUUUUUAAAAAAAAGACUCCAUUAAAAUUUUACACAUUUUACAGCUUCUUUACUCCCAAAAUGGGGGGGGAAGUCUCGGUAAUAACACUAUUUAGCCAGAAAUCAAUAUGGGAUAUGCUUUACAUUCUGGGAGAUGUAAGUUAUUUCUGGGUGAUCUUUUGAGCAUUUUUAAGAUGUUAAUCUUUAAGAUUUCGUAGAUAUUUGUCUGCUGUGGCAUGGUAACUUUUAGGUGAUUUGUAAAAACUCUGAAACUGCCUCUGACUCAUACAGUUCAUAUAAAUGUCUUUGACUUAUUUUGUGCCUUUUCUUUCCCUAAUACAAGCUCUCUCAAUAAACAUAAACUGUUCCGGAA